UGCACGCACACCCCUGCAUUAUUCUUCUGUCAGUAACAGUCCGGUACAUCUGACUCGUUCGUUCCCCUCUCCGGCGGAUCGACAUGGACGAGCGCGUGCUGAGCUACGGCGACGUGGUGCUGCUCCGCUCCGACCUGGCCAUCCUCCGCGGGCCGCACUUCCUCAACGACCGCAUCAUCGCCUUCUACCUCGCCCACCUCUCCGCCUCCUUCCACGGCGACGGCGACCUCCUCCUGCUGCCGCCGUCCAUCCCCUACCUCCUCUCCAACCUCCCGGACCCGGAAUCCGUCGCCGAGCCGCUCUGCCUCGCCUCCCGCCGCCUCGUGCUCCUCCCCGUCAACGAUAACCCGGACGCCUCCGUCGCCAACGGCGGGUCCCACUGGACCCUCCUCGUCCUCGACGCCGCCACCACCGACCCCCAAGCUCCGCGAUUCGUCCACCACGACAGCCUCCGCGGCUCCGCCAACGCCGCCGCCGCGCGCCGCCUCGCCCGCGCGCUGACCGCCGGCGGGGCGCCGCUCCGGUUCGUCGAGGCGCCCACCCCGACGCAGCGCAACGGCCACGACUGCGGCGUCUACGUCCUCGCCGUCGCCAGAGCCAUCUGCGGCUGGUGGAGGAGCAGCCGCCGUCGGGAGAACCAGCAGGGCGGCGGAGGUGAUUGGUUCGCCACGAUGAUGGAGGAGGUGGACGCCGAGAGCGUCGGCGCCAUGAGAGCCGAGCUGCUGCAACUGAUCCAUCGCCUCAUCCAAGACAAGGAGCAGGAGGAAGAGAAGAAGAGCAAGGCCGGGGUGGAAGACACUUGUGGUCAGUGAACUGAAUUCCAACUUGUGUAGUUGUGUUCAUUGUCUGUCUAAUUCUCAACUCUGAAGCGAGAAUGGAAGAACAAGUAGAGCUUGUGUAAGCAAAAGUUUUGGCAGAGUUUCAUGGUGGAGUGUUAAUUCUUGAAUCCUCAAGUGAGAUUGGAAGAACAGCAAGUAGAGCUUGUGUAAGCAAAAGUUUUGGCAUAGUUUCAUGGUGAAGUACUCAAGUGUUAAUUCUUGACUCGGGUAUGCAUUGUUGAUGCUGCUGCAAUUUUACUGUGCUCAUAUGUUUCCAUGGUGAUGGAGUAUGGAAUUUGCAUGUAUGGAUCACAACUGCUCGGAUUUCAUGGGUUUUUUGCUUGGUAUCAUUCUGUAUCUCUUGGUACUAUGUAAUAUGUAUUUUCAUGUCUGUUCUUUUGGAGGCUCGAGUUUUUACCAUGAAAAUUAUAUGUUUGCAUAUGGA